CAGAAACACUUGGGGUCCUUCUACUUCACGUGUGUGUCUGCUGCUGUGGCAUCGUGAGGAGGAAUCAUGCCGAAAUCAAAGAGGGAUAAGAAGAUUUCUUUAACGAAAACAGCCAAGAAGGGGCUGGAGUCAAAACAGAAGCUAAUUCAGGAGUUGCGGGAAUGUGUGGACACCUACAGAAACCUGUUCAUAUUCUCGGUGGCUAAUAUGAGGAAUAACAAGCUGAAAGACAUCCGGACAGCGUGGAAACACAGCAGAUUCUUCUUCGGCAAAAACAAAGUCAUGAUUAUUGCUCUGGGGAAAAGAGAUACAGAUGAAUACAAAGAUAAUUUGCACAAGGUCGGCAAGCAUCUGCGUGGAGAAGUGGGUGUACUAUUCACAAAUAAAACAAAGGAGGAAGUACAAGAAUAUUUCAGUCAUUUCAAAGAGGUGGAUUAUGCUCGCGCAGGAAACCAGGCUCAGAUGGAUGUGACUCUGGAUGAGGGACCCCUUGAACAGUUUACUCACUCAAUGGAACCCCAGUUGAGGCAAUUAGGGCUUCCUACUGCUCUAAAGAAAGGAGUGGUAACACUGCUGAAGGACUAUGAAGUUUGUAAAGAGGGGGACACGCUCACUCCAGAGCAGGCUCGUAUUCUGAAACUCUUUGGUAUUGAGAUGGCAGAAUUCAAGGUGCAGAUCAAAUGUAUGUGGAACUCAGAAACAGGCGAGUUUGAGAACUUCGCUGGUGAGGAAGAGUCUAUGCAGGAUGAGGAAGAUGAUAAUGAUGAUGAAGAUGAUGCAGAAUGAAACUUCUGCAAGGGAGGAGAAUAUUAAGGAAAAUUCCUGCUUUCAAAAGCAGACGGACAUUUAAUUUAGCUUUCAUCCUGACAGCCAGUGCUGCAGUCUGUAGUCUCUCUGGUCUUUUUAUACCUACAAAACAUGAACUUCUGUCCUUCAUCUUGAAUUUUAGUUUUGGACACUGUGGACUGUAUUCAAAGGAUUAAAUCGUUUGGGAUGUCAUUGUUCUCCCAAGUUCCCUCAGCACAGUGAGGGACUGAUAUUGUGUGGAAGUCCCUUUCCUUUCAAACACCUAUGUAAAUCACUGUUCAUGUUAAACCAACACUCAUGAAUAAUAUACACGUUUUGUUGAUGUGACAAAUUUAAUCCAGAUUCUUCAGAAAGUUAUUUUUCCAUGAAAGAGUAUUAAUGUUGUUUUUUUUAUAUAGACAUGACAAUGAAGUGCUCUUUGAUUAAAAAUGCAAAAGGUGUACUGAUCUAUUCAAAGGAUAGAAAAUGUACACUUCAGGGUAGAAUUCAAAAAGCCUAAUUAAGUGUAAUUAGGAAAAACAUUUUUCUGUAAAAUUAAAUGAUCAAGAAGGUCUUCAUCUGAAGUAGUCUGGACACUCGUGGGCUACGAGAUUCCAGGCUUCUUUGAAGGCGUCGACCACUCUCUGAUCCAGAGGACCCUCUUCCGCAGCGGCCAUGUUUUGCUGAAGCUGCUCCAUGCUCGACAUGCCAAUAAUGACUCCAUCUCCAAGGUCACCCUGGAGACAUGAGUUGGAGAAAACGACACUGCUAUGGCAAGGGUUUUAUGAGAUUAUAGCUCGUAGUAAGGUAUGAGCAGCUGUAGCUGAUAAUUUAAUAUAAAUACUCAAAACAGGAAUUGCACAGCUGGAGUCUGUUAAUUUAUUAAGAUUUUUAUAU